ACUCAGGGAAAAACAGGAAGUGAAAUGAAUGAUUCGGAUAGGACUGCAAGUACGGGAGCAUCGUCCGAGGCCUCCUCAAUUCUUAAAAGGAAGUCAAAUGAUGUCGGAUGGGAGUAUGGAAUGUUAAUUGAUCCGAAGAAUAUUGAUAAAAUUAAAUGUAAGUUGUGUGAUAAAAUUAUGUCUGGAGGUGUUUAUAGAGUAAAAGAACACAUUGGCCACAUUUCUGGAAAUGUUUCUGCAUGUCCAAAAUCUUCUCCAACUGAUCAAGCCAAAUGUAAGAAUGCUAUUGUCGAGGCAAAGAAUAAGAGGAAAAAUAAGAAGAAGGAGGAAGAUUUGAUGAGAUCAACUGUUAAUAUCUCUGAAAGAGUGGAAGGGGAUGAUGAAGAUGAAUUGCAAGAGUUAGGUAGCAGAAAAACGUCCCGUACUCUUGGCCCUAUGGAUAAGUUUGCAAGCUCCAUCAGCCUUGAAACUUGUUUGAGUGCGAGAAUGACCCAAAGGCAACAAACUAUUAGUGAAGCACUAUUUAAAGAGAGAACACAGUCUGUUCGUGAAUAUUGUGCUAGAUGGGUGUAUGAAGCUGGUAUACCUUUCAAUGCAAUUGACAAUGAUAGCUUCAAAUUGUUUGUUGAGGCGGUUGGUCAAUUUGGGCCGGGUUUCAAACCUCCCAGUCAAUAUCAAUUGAAGGAACUGCUAUUAAAGGGGGAAGUUGACAGAAUAAAAGAGUUAUUGAAGAAGCAUGAAGAAGAGUGGGCGCGAACUGGGUGCUCCAUUAUGACAGAUGCUUGGACAGAUAGAAAAAGAAGGAGCAUCAUGAACCUAUGUGUUAAUUCUAAUGCAGAUACUGCUUUCCUUUCUUCUAGAGAGUCUUCAGAAUGAAGCACAUACAAGUGAACUUAUCUUUGAGUAUGUGGAUAAAUGCAUUGAGCAAGUUGGGCCACAAAACGUCAUCCAAGUAGUAACCGACAAUGCUGCCAAUAAUAUGGGAGCGGCAAAAUUAUUGAAGGUGAAGAGGCCAAAUAUCUUUUGGAUCUCAUGUGCUACUCACACCAUCAAUUUGAUGCUUGAAAGUAUUGGAAAAUUGCCGAAGUAUAAGAAAGUCAUUGAUCAGGCCAAGAGUUUCACAAUCUUCAUUUAUGCACACCAUAAGACCUUGUCCUUAAUGAGGUCAUUUACGAAGAAGAGGGAUAUAGUAAGACCAGGAGUCACUAGAUUCGCUUCUGCUUUCUUGACUUGACAGAGUUUGAUGGAGAAAAAAGCCCAACUGAGGGCAAUGUUUACCGGCUCUGAAUGGGAGGAGUGCAAAUGGUCAAAGAUUGUUAAAGGGAAAGUAGCCUAUGCUACUGUGAUGAGCAUUGCUUUUUGGAAUGGUGUGACUAUAUGCUUUAAAGUUUUUGCACCUUUGGUGAAGGUGCUUCGAAUUGUUGAUGCGGAUAGAAAGCCUUCUAUGGGCUUUUUAUGUGGAGAGAUUAAGCAAGCAAAGGAAGAUAUUAAGGAGGCCUUAAAUAAUCUUGAAAAGAACUAUAAGCCUAUUAUGGAGAUUAUUGAAGCAAGGGUAAAAGAUAGGCUAGAUAGUCCACUACAUUUUGCAGCUUAUCUUUUGAAUCCCUACUACUUUUUCAAGGAUAUGGAUAUACAACUUGAUAAUGAAGUGAUGGAUGGGCUUUUUAACUGUGUGGAGAUGUUUUAUCAUUAUGAUGGUGAAUUGCAAGGCCAUGUUAUAAAUGUUGAGUUGCCAAAGUAUACUCGUAAAGAUGGAGCUUUUGGAAAAUCGUGGGCAACUCAAGGGUGUGCGAAAAAUGAUGACAAUUAUAAUCCAGUUACAUGGUGGAUGACUUAUGGAAAUCAAACUCCAAACUUGCAACGAAUGGCAAGAAAGAUUCUCUCGUUAACUACUAGUUCAUCCGGUUGUGAAAGAAAUUGGAGCACUUUUGAAGGGAUACAUACGAAGAAAAGAAAUAGAUUAAACGUGAGUCGAUUGAACAAUCUAAUCUAUGUUCAAUUUAAUGCGAAAUUGAUGAACAAGUACAAAAGGGAGAAGGAAAUGAAUGUUGAUGUGCUACUUGCUAGUGAUGCUAGUAAUGCACAAGGAUGGAUCGUUGAUGGAGAAGAUGAUGAAGAAGUUGAGCCUGGUACGGGCUCACUUGGGAAGUGGUUGGUGAAGCAUUGGGAGCAGACGAGAUGCUUCAAGCUCGAAGAAGUUCUAGAAUGAGAGAGCUUCAUGAAG